AUGGGCAGAAAACAUGUUGCGUGUAUCUUGGUGUUUCUCCUCCUGAUUCUGCCGGGUGUGGCAGUGACUACAGACCCUCUGACAGACUUAGAAAACAUCGCUGGAAAGCUGGUUUUCUACCAAAUGGAUGGUAAUGCCAUGAGAGACUCAGGAGAGCUAGCAUCACAUAUUCCCACAGAGACCAUGUUUGAACUCCUCGAUCCCCAAAAGAAUUACAGCUCAGCAAAGCUUACCUACACCUGGGACUUAGGGAAUGGGGAAGUGAUCCAAGGCACUGAGCCGGUUGUCCGUUAUCAUUAUUCAACAUCAGGAAACUACACAUUGAGGCUCAAAGUAGCGGAUGUGACCAAAUAUGCACCUGCAAUCACUGGGGUCUACUCCAUGGAUGUCCAAGUGCUUGAUGCCAUCAAACACAUCGAACUGAGGGGGCCGUCAGAUUAUGAGGUGUCUCAGAACGCCAGUCUGGCUGUUCAUGUCGAUGGAAGUCCUCCUAUGUGGGUUUGCUGCCGUUUCCUCCCCAACUGUGCGCCGGACCCAAUGGGUGGCUGCACCCUGACCAUGCUCUAUGAAAACACCUUGAGACUGAACCACACCUUCACCUCCACUGGCGUCCACUGUCUGGACAUCAGCGUCCGCAACGACAUCAGCAAGCUACAGUCGUCCUUCAGCAUCUAUGUCAGGAGAAGCAAUAACCCCCACAAGUUCUUCAUCCUGUCAUGUGCUGCCAUCCUUGUCGCCACUUUCUCCUUCAUCACAGUGAUCGCCUGCCGUCCUCUACGUCACAGCAGAUCACAGAUUGCUGCUUCCACUAACGCUGUAUUUCUGAAGAACCAGGACUCUGAUGGUCAAAGACCGAUCUAUUUGAACUUCUCCAAUGUGGAAAAGGGAGAGAAAGAGCCACUGCUCUCGCAACAUGGGACCCAAUACUGCUCUUAACCAUCACACUGCUCCUCUGUCUGCUCGACUUCUGUGGUUACAUGUACGUAUGUGAAGGAGGGAAAGUUGUCACCUUGCAUUUCUUUCGCAUCCUGUUAUGGAUAUAUGUAUUUAGCUGUUCUGUGUAUGAUCAGUAUAUCACCUGUAUGUAUCUGGGAGUAUGUUCUAAGUUGGAUUAAAUAGUGGUUUUGUCGCUAAUGUUCAGUAAGCUAAUAGGUCAAACAACAUAUUUGUCAUAAAAUAAUGAUGGCGAUCAAUUAAUGAGCCACAGAGCUUCGACUGAUAUUCACAUGAACUCAUAAUAAAUUAAUAUGCUCAAGUGCAGGUUAUGUUUAAACAAUGAGUGUUAAUUUAAGCAUGCUGUGAAUGGACCGGACCGUUCAUUUAUUUAUGUUUUUUUCAUAUUUAUGUUAUGAAUUUGGGUCUUGCUUUGCUGUUGCUUUCCAGAACCAGAAUAAAACAUGUUUCCUUUUUACAA